GCAGGCAGACUGAUGAAACUCUUUUGCUCUCUAGCAGGAAGUGAAGCUGAUUGGCUGAAUUUUAAUGAACUUCCUUCUUUCAGAGUUUCUCUUCCUCAAAAUCUCUAUAUGAGAAUGAAAUUGUCUUCAUGUCUUCACUAAACUCAAACAGCUUCACAAACACAGACAAGAUGCUGAUAAUAUUCAUCAAUCUCUUCACUCUUCUCUCAUGUGUCAGUUCAGCUAAAGUUGUCACACAAAAACCCUCAAUACUGACAGAAGAAAAAGGAAAAUCUGUGACUAUGGACUGUAAUAUAGCAAAACAUGAGAACUAUGUUUAUUGGUAUAAACAGCUUCCAAAUGCAGCUCCUCAGUAUGUGUUGAGACACCAUCCUUCUCAUAGCUCUGCUGAUGAGUAUGGUGCCAGUUUUUCAUCCAGCCAUUUCACAUCUAAAAAAAUGUCAGAUCUUGACUAUCAGCUGAUCAUCAAUAAUGUAGAUGUGAGAGAUUCAGCUGUGUAUUACUGUAAGACAUGGGACAGCUCUGUUAGUGAGGGCGUAUUCGGACAAGGAACAAAACUCAUUGUGACCGAUUCAGGUGUUUCUCCUCCUGUUGUGAAGAUUUUGCCUCCAUCCAGUGAAGAUGUGAGCUCCAGUAAAGUGACUCUGGUGUGUUUGAUCAAUGACAUGUCUGUGGGAUUUGCUGAUGUGAGUUGGUUUGUGAAUGGAAACUCAGUUACUGAUGGCGUCUUCACGGGAUCUGCUGAACAGCAGCCGAAUGAGAAAUUCAAGUUGAGCAGUUAUUUAACCAUUGAGAGAUCAGAGUGGGAGAAAGACAAAGAUCUCACAUGUAAAGUGACUGCUGCUGGAAAGAUCACAAACACAAAGAUCAAGAAAUCUCAAUGCAAUGAAUAAAU